AUGUCAUAUUAUUAUAUAUUUUUUAUAUUUUGUUUCAUUUUUAUUAUUAAAAAUGAAAUAAUAUUUGGUGGUCAUAAACUUAUACCUCCUGAAAUAGCAACAGAUUUAAAAAUUAAAAUUUGUUCACAUGAACGUAAUCCAUUACAGCAUGAUGUUAUGUUGUAUUUUCCUGAAGUAGUAAGAUUUUGUGCUUCAUUACACACAAAUAAAAAUAAACGAUUAUUAGAUAGAGAAAAACAAAAAACAACAUUUAUUGAACCAAAAGUUGUAAUAAAAUUCCAGGCUAUUAAUUCAACAAAUCAAUGUUCUAUAACUUUUACCGGAUAUCAAACUGAAUAUCGUUUCUCUCCAGAUUUAGGUUAUUACUCAACAUGUCAAAAAAGUAUUUCACAAUAUGUAUCUAGUUUAGUUGACAAUGAAUCACCAGUUUGGACACCUACAAAUCAUUUUUGUCCUAUUCAAGAUUUACCAAAAAAUAUUGAAGAUUAUAUAGCUUGUGAUUUAUUAACACAUAACUGGUAUCACCUAUCAUUUUUUUCAAGUAUAAGAUAUGAAACUUAUAAAAAUAGAUUAUAUCAUAAACAUUAUUCUAACUAUUCUACAAAUUAUAUUUUUAAACCAGAUUUUAUUGUCCAUAGAAAGGGUGAUGAAACAGAAUGGUUAAAAACAUUGAUAGAUUUUAAAGUAAUUCAUGAAAAUUGUUUUAUUGUAAAAUAUUUAAUUAAAAUUGAUAAAGAUUGGCCAUUAUUAAUAAAAGUAAACAUUGAAUAUCAAAUAAGACAAAAUGAAAAAAUAAAACAUUUUAAAAAAAUUACCAAUGGAAGUAUAAAACAUUGGUAUUCAGGAGAGUUUGAAAUGUUAAAAGAUCAAUGGAGACAUGAAAUUUGUAUACAAAUUUAUUGGAAAGGAUCACGAACAAAAUAUAGAUUGUGUCAGGUUAUUGCUGAUUUUAAUGAAUGCCCACCACCUCUAUUUUUACCUUCCAGUUAUACAUCAAGAAAUAUUUUUAAUUACAUAACAAUUAUUUUUUUAAUAUUUUUAUGUUUUAUUAUGAUUUAUCAUUAA